AUGGCAGUGCACAUUAGUGUAGCAACCAUGCUCCCGACAACCAGAGAAAAUGGACGACAUCGGCAUCACCCUCAUCCCCAACGAUGUCAGCAGCGGCCGACGACGACGUCGUCGUCUAUUGCAGGCUGCGAGCCCCCCGCCUUCGCAGUGACAACGACGGCGAGCGGCGAAAGCAGUUGUGUCCAUAGCGGCAGCAGUGCGCAACCGCGCCCACGCCAUCGGCGAUCGCGCUCGAUCCACAUCACGCUUCGCAAGACGCGCUCCGGCAGCCGCCCUGUGAGCGCGCAGCGCGGCAGCUUGACAAGCAUGAGCCGCGACCUCGGUGCUGCCUCGUCUGCCACAGGUGGUGCCAGAGGGCGGACCCCCAAUACGCACCAGUACCACGGCAGCAUCGAAAGUCCCUCGGGUGCGUCUGGCGAUGCAGCUUCACCCGCCUCAGCUGCGACAGCGGCCGGCACACCACCAGGCUCAGCGUGCGGAGCAGCGUUGGUGCCCUUCACGUCCCCUGCCGGUGGUGGCUUUGUCUCACCUAAGCUCACCCCACGCCACCAUGGCGCAGCGUCCACCUCACCCAGAGUCCCGGCCGGUGGCGCACACCAAGCGCCGCUGUUCGACGGCGUGGCCAACAGUAACAACAACAUCAAUAGCUGUGGCUCCUCCCGGAUGAUGAACUCACUGAGCUACACCCCGUACAUCCUUCAUACGCACGGGCGCAGCGGGGACGGCACAGUGUCGGAUGGCACAACAGCCGCGGCGGCAGGGGCCACGAAUGUGGGGUCCUCGUCGUCAUCCAUGGUGGGUGGCGCCGGCGGCAGCAGUAGCAGUGUCGGCCCAUCCUCAGGCAGCUGUGUGCCGACGGUCCACGGCUUUGGCUACUUUAAUACCUUUAUGAACGCGAAUCAUCCAUACGACAUGAAACAAGCACUAUUGCCACCGAACAUGCGUGACCGCGCUCUGGGCCACGACGCGGCACACAGUGACCAGGCAGCGGCGGCUACGGCAGCGCACCGCCGGCCCUUCUCGUCGGGUGCGAUGCCACGUCGGAAAGGCAUCUCCUCCGGCAACCACGGGCGAGUUUACUGUCACCCCUCGGUGUUCAGCCCGCAGGCCGUCUCGCAGGUGAGUCACGCUAACGGCUACAGAGGUCGCCUGCGCAGCAACAGCAUGAGCAGCUACAACACUCCUGUCGACGUCUAUAACGGCAGCAGCCACUGCCGCAGCCCGACAGCGAUGCAGCGUCUGAAUGACUUUGUGUUUCCCUAUCCAGAAAGCGCCUCGGGGGCGCCGCAGCAACAACCUCAUCAACCACAGCCAGGCCAUCCACCGUCGUCUGCAUGGUGUGGUCACCUGUCCAACAUGCCGACUGUGAACCUGGAGACCUCGCCUCGCCUUUGGCUAUCUGCAGCCCACACCGCCGUGCAGGGCCAGCAGGAGCAACGCUGCCGCCACCAUCGCGCGCGCAGCUACACAGUGGGAGGUCAUGUUCGCAGCAACAGCGGCUGUGGCAGAGGUGAUAUCGUGGCUGCUCACAUCACGGCAGAAGCCACAACGAACGGUACUAGCGUCAGUGUCGGCUACGCGGGCAACACUGCCCCCUGCACCCCGGACCGCCCAAUCUCCCUCGCCCCCUCGAUCCCCGCUGCAGCAGUGCCGGUAGCCGGCGCCAUGGCGACGACGGCAGGGGGUCUGUGCUCCCGCACUUCCACCCUGAUUCAUCACUCCAGCGUGAGCACGGCGGCAUCCUCCGUGGCGACAACGAUACCGACUGUCAUGACCACGUUGCCGGCAGCGCCGUCCCUUCCGGCACACGCAACGAACAGAAUCUCCUCUGCCGUUACACAUGCGAUGACGCCACAGGCGCGGCAGCCAGCCAAAGCAGCAGUGGAAGCUGCUGCAGCGGAGGGUACCAGCGCGCCGCGGAGCACCCGCGUCAUCGCAGACUUGAACCCCAGCGCCUUCUUCGGGAGCCAGCGUAGCGUAUCUUCAGACAUAGUGAACGGUCUCGAUGACUCUGUCGACAGCGUGCGAUGCGGCAGUUUGCCGAGCCCGAACACAUCAGCGACCAACGUGGUGGGCAGCGCGAGUGGCACGCCGGACCGCUGCAACCACGGGACUUCCACAGCGGCUGGCCGCUACGGUGGCACGGCUGCCUUUGCCUCCUCGCACCGCUACGCCAGAGACAGCAUGGCAAGUGAGAAUAAGGCAGACGACAAAGACCGCCGCCAUAGCGCUCUCCUCUGUCGCUGCAGCACAACACUCACGAACACGACGACGGACGAGAACGAGCAGCAGCACGCGACUCAACUGUUGGUCAUUGAAAUGCUUCGCAGAAAUGGCAUGAGAAGGAAGAGCAGCACGGGCGGUGGCGUCGGUAACGUCAAUGUUGCUGCGGUGCUGAGUCGUGCGCGCUCCGCCCGCACGAAUGCGACGUCAGCAGCGGCCGCCGCUGCGACCGAUAUCGGCGGCUCGCCGACGACCGCCAUCGAGCGCUGGCGUGCUCAGGAACAGCAAAAGAAAAGGGAAGGAGUGCAGCAACACCGGCUAAGUGCUCAGCAGUGGCGUGAGGCUUUUCGCAGGCUCCAGGAGAAGCGUGUGCGGUGGCAUAUGCGCGGCUACAUUGGGCGUGGCACAUCUGGUGUGGUGUACGAGGGUAUCCUGGAAGACUGCGAACGCACCCCAGUAGCGGUGAAGGUGCUGGAGGUCGGCGUUCCCAUGCCGGUGGACCUUGACACCUCCGGCAAUGGCGACGACAGCAAGAGCAGCAGGCAGACGUCGUACACUGCAAUCCGCGGCACCGCCAAAAGCGCGAGCGCUGCCGCUUCCGAAGAUGAAACGUACAUGUCGCCCUCCCAGCAGGAGGCGCUCCUCGUGCUUCUACGCGAGGUGGAGAUGAUGGAGAAGCUGCACCACGAGAACAUCGUCACGUGCGUGCGCUGCCAAGUCACGCCAGUGCAGGACCGAUAUCUUGAAUUACGCCAGCAGCAGCAGCAGCAGCAGCAGCAGCAGCGGCGGCGCGGCGGCAGCAGCAGCGAUGACAAUUGGCUCUCCGCCGUAGCAGUAGCUGGGAGAGGCGGAGAACGGGUCGGUGAGCCGCGGCACGACAGCGGCGGCACUUCCUCCGGCGAAAACCAGUCGCCGCUGCUCAACGCCGCCGCCCGCAUCCCCGUCCAGGUGGAGAUCGUGAUGGAGCUGUGCAACCGCGGGACCCUCUCCAGCGUAGUUCGCCAGACGCCUGGCGGCCAGCUCCCGGUGCAAGUCGCUCGACGCUACCUGCGGCAUGUCCUCAAAGGCCUCGCCUAUCUCCAUCACAGUAACUUCAUUCACCGGGACGUGAAGGGUGACAACGUUCUCAUCAGCGCCGCCGAUGUAGCGAAGUUGGCGGACUUUGGGUGCUCACGGCGCAUCAUGUUGACGAACAACGUCUAUGGCGCCACUGACAGCGAGGGGGUCACUAGCAGCAUCGCCACCACACGCACGGCUGCUACAGACUCGCGUUUCACGACCAUAGUGGAGUACCAGUGGUUCGAUACCACCGGUGUGGCAAAGACGAUGGUCGGUACGCCCAUGUUCAUGGCACCGGAGAUCAUCCUGGCCUCGGGGACGCCAUCCAUGAAGAUGUCAACCGCGAGCUCUCCAACGUCGUCGGUCGGCGGAGGCAACAAUGGCGGGCCCGGGAGCGACAGCAAGGCCACGUCACCGCCAGCCCCGGUCGGCUACACGGCCUCGGCAGACAUCUGGUCCUUUGGGUGCCUCGUCCUGGAAGUCUUUGGCCGCACACCGUGGCCGACGUCGGGGAGCAACGCCUACCACCUCAUGAAGCAGAUCGAGCAGUCGGUUGCCGACCUCCCGCCUGGAGUGCCACAUGAUACACCGGCGGAGCUUCUGAGUCUGCUACGCUGCUGCUUCCACCGCGACCCGCACCGUCGCAGCACGGCGCGCGCACUGCUGCGUGCGCCGUGGAUGAUGUGCAAGGACGAGGAGCUGGAGGAAAUGCCACCGCGCAGACGCUGUUAG